AUGGAGAGUCCGAUAGGGGAGAGCCUUCCAGCACUCUCUCCAGACGAUACCAUAUCGAGCCUUUCCGAAGAUCGAUCCGACGAGACGGCCAAGGGGACGCAUCUAGAAAAAAGGGAUAGCAGAUUUAAGAGGAGGCAGCUCCCUUCUCUCAUCACCUCGCUCCCUUUACCUAUUACCUCCUUUCCUACGAAGAGGGUCGACGACCCCAGAGAACGUUUAAGAUCAGCAACAGUCGCCGUGGCCCGCGUCCUCGGGGUCGACACGAACGAGCUCCCACAGCCAUUUUACGGGUUAAUACAAGAUGUUAACGACGUCUCAGACUCGGUUUAUUCGCACUCCGGCAGCCCCCGACAGCCCUUGAACAGGGCAAGAUCCACGCGAGAAGACUCGGAUAGCUCGGCGUCGGCCUAUUCGCCCUAUAUCGAUACCUUCGCGAGGAGAACGUCAUCGGACAAUUCGAUUGCAAGACGCCUCAUAGUUAUAGUAACUGAUGUUCUCGGCCUAGAUAGCAGUUCUCUACCGCUGGAAGAGUCGUUUGUGGAUCUCGGAGGGACUUAUCGGAAGGCGAGAGAAGUCCGGGCGAGAUGUAUAGACGAAGGCUUUUCCAUCAAGACUAAAGACAUGAUGAAUUGCAGAACCAUCGCAGAGCUCCAGACGCGCGUAAUGCCGCUCACCCAACCUUUGUCAGCCGAAGGCGGGAUCCCGCCUAUGGUUAUCGACCCGCUCGAGUGCGACUCCUCAGACACGCUUCCCGCCUUACAGCGCCGUCGAGCGCCGUCGAUCCCACAGAAGGCCCCUGCUAGGUCCCUCAGCUCCCGAGCAGAACUUAAACAAGGCCAGUCCCGGAAACGUAACAUCCAAGUUGAACACACAUUAGCCUUGCAUGAGGGCGUCUCGAGAGCUGUUGUGCUUAAACCCAAGGCUGGUCCGUUCGAGGAUCAACUCGUGGCUUUUAUCACCCUAUCAGGUUGCGAAGGGGAAGGCCCAGAUGACUGUGAAGUCAGGUUACAGAGCAUACACCACGCCGGCCGGCUAUCAGAGAUCCGGAGGUCGGUCGAAUCCAAAGUCCCCCCCGGGCUCGUCCCAACUGUUUGGAUAGUGCUGGAGAAGAUGCCUGUGGACGAUGCCGGCAAGACUAAACGAAGAAAACUGCAAACAUGGAUUCAAAAUGCCAACGAGGAGCUUCAACGGCAGAUACUAUCGAUCGAAUCGGGAGAAACCGCGCGACAACUACCCCCGAGCGGGAUUGAAAGAUGGCUUCAAAAGACGGUCAGCAGUGCGCCGCACACCGACGAGGUAGGCACGAGAAUGGAUAAGCAGUCUAGGGCUAUAGGCGGCGAUCUCGAUGCGUUGCGGCUCGUGUCUGAAGGCGAUUUUCAGGGUGUCUCGCUUGGGAUAGAACACAUCUUACAAGCGAAAUCGUUGUCCCAGCUCACUGCUCUCGCCAUACCGAACGGGCCGUAUCUUCGUGACGCGAGCGCGGCUGCUACGGAAGCUUUCGAGCUCUCGCCCAUGCAACGCCUAUAUUUUCACACACACAUUAGUCGCAACAACGGCGAAUCACGGGCGUCUGGCGGCGAACGUCAAUUCAACCAGAGCAUGUUGUUUCGGCUCACACGGAGAGCGAGCCUCGAGGAUGUGCGCGCGGCAGUAGAGGCCUUGGUCAAUCAUCAUGCUAUGCUUCGAUGCCGGUUCCACCCCGUCGAGAAAUCCUGGUGCCAAUCGAUAGAACCCGAGGCCUCGUCUUCUUAUCACUUUGCGCACCACUCCGUCAAGACAGAUGCCGACGUCGAGGAAGUGGUUGGGAUUGCCCAAGCCGCGAUCGACAUUAACACCGGGCCUAUCUUCGCUGCACACCACUUCGACACCCACGAUGGUUAUCAGAUGCUCUACUUAGUCGCGCAUCACCUCGUCGUCGACCUCAAAUCCUGGAGCAUCAUAGUAGAUGACCUCGAAGCCUUGUUAACGCAGGGUUGCCCAAAGUCCGGUCCCUCGACGUCGUUCCAAGAAUGGAUACACCACCGCAGGCGUCGCAUCGAGACGAUGGCGCCGACUGCUGACAUCUCGUUCGGCAUUCCGGUGGGAAAUCCCGGAUACUGGGGGGUUGACGAGGCCUCGAACACGUAUGGCAACACAACAUCCAUCGAUUUUACCCUUGGUGUGGAAGAGACCUUGUUGCUCGAGACCAGCAGCCGGACGUUUAACACGAGCCCUGCAGACAUCCUCAUAGCCACUCUUAUCCUCUCGUUUGCGCAGACGUUUCGCGAUCGCCAAGUGCCAGCCGUAUGGAGCCAAGAACACGAGAGAUCCUCGCCGGACAUAUACUGCGACGUAUCGGAGACCGUGGGAUGGUUCACCUACCUCUGCCUCUUCGCCUUGGAGGUGUCCCCCACGGAUGACAUCCUAACCGUCUUCGAUCGCGUAAAGGAUCUGCGCCAUACCAUCUCAGCAGACGGCGCCCUUCACUUCACGAGGAAUCUAGUCAACGCCGAGUCCGCGUUCACCUUUGCUUCCACCCACUUACCCCUCGAGCUCAUGUUCACGUAUUCCGGAACUAUGCAGCAAACGCAGAGACAGGAGGCCAUCCUGGAGCAGAUCACGCUCCCAGGCCAGGCGCUGGCUUCUAGUACGUCGGACAUUGGGCGCGACGUCGGUCGCGUCGCCCUAUUUGAAGUAUCAACACUGGUCGACCAGGGCGAAAGCAAGGUCAAGAUCCUCUACCACAAGGAUUCCAGAUAUCAGGAGCAGAUCGGCAAUUGGAUACACAACUACGAGCUGCUGCUGCGCCGGGGGAUUACUAGAUUACAACAUAAGUUCCCCGGACUCUCCCUCCCCAAAUCCCCCCAUUUGAACGUGAUCGACAAGGAGCUUAGCCAGCUGAACAGAGAUACGUUGUCGAGCCUCAGCCUCAGCGUCUCAGAUAUUGAAGCCAUCUAUCCUGCAACACCUAUCCAGCAGAAUAUUCUGGUCAACGAUUCCAUCAUACCUGGAAGUUCCAAGGCGGAGAUUAUUUAUGAUCUUGACACCUCUGGCAGCCCUGUGGACAUCUCUCGUGUAUGCGCUGCUUGGAACAGAGUAACAGAGCACCACUCUGCUCUAAGGACAGUGUUUUAUCGGGGCGUCUCUAAAGACGGCCUAUACGAUCAAAUCGUGCUUAGGUCUCACUCGCCUAACAUGCUUUUCCUCGAAAGCGACAGCGUUGUGGAGGCGAUGGCUUCGCUCGAGAAGCUCCCUCCCCUAGCGCUCGACGAGGGCAUUCCUUGGCAUAGACUCGUCGUUUGUCAGGUGGCUAACAAGACGUUCUUGAAGCUGGAGAUGAGCCAAGCCGCAUGCGACGUCCCUAGUAUGUCGAUCCUCUUCCGAGAACUCGAGCAAGCCUACUUCCAUAAUCUCGGCCCGUCCACGUCCGAAGUGUGCUGCUCCGAAUAUCUCCAGUGUCUGAAGGAGGCUUCUCGUAGCGUUGAUUUCUGGAAAGAGCAUCUGCGCAACUCUCAACCAUGUCGAUUUCCCACUAUCGUCUUAAACCCAACCCCGAGCGAGUGGGACACUACGUCUACAGACCUUGAAAUACCGUGCGAGCACGUCGAGACGUUCGCCAAAGAUCACGGCGUCGAAAUAUCUACUGUUCUGCGAGUCGCCUGGGCCCUAGUUCUCCGAACUUACAUCGGAACGGACGACGUCUGUUUUGGCUGCCGUGUCUCGGGCAGGGACCUCCCCGUUGAGGACCUGAGCGAUGCUGUUGGGUCAUUCUCUACAGUGUUGCCGUAUAAACUUACAGUCCCCCGCGACGAGCCUCUGGUGCAGCUACUACUUGAUGCGGAGGACGAACACCGGCGCACCCUUCGCCACCAAUACGUGCCGGUAGCGAGGAUCGAACACGAACUCGAUAUUAAGGGGGGGCAUCUAUUCAACACCUGCCUUUCCUUUGGAUACGAAGGCGUCUCCAACAACUUGUCAAACACCUCCAAGUGUCAGCAUGUCAGAACCGAGCAAGCUUCAGAAUACGACAUAAACACCGACGUACACUUUCACGGCGGGAACGUUACGGUCGAUAUCGGAUACCGCAUCCUCAUCUCUGACCAAGCAACCGGCAUAGCUAACGCCUUCAGGAAGGCUGUCGAGACCAUUCUCAGCGCGCCGACCCGCCUUGUCGGGGAGGUCGACCUCUUCAGCGCACACGAUAAUGAACAGAUCCUUGCGUGGGACAGGACGCCCGAGAUCGACGUGCCCCAGGCGCCCGUCCAUCAGCUGGUCGCUAACCGAGCAUCGCUUAACCCCGAGAUGCAAGCCGUCUGCGCCUGGGACGGAGACUUGUCCUACGGCGAGCUGCACGAACUAUCCGUCAUCCUCGCCAAGUAUCUCUUGGCUUUCGGGCUGAAGCCACAGGCGCCCGUGCCGGUGAUCGUCGAAAAGAGCCGUUGGGCAGUGGUGGCCAUGCUAGCAGUCCUCCACGCCGGCGCCAUCCUGGUCCCCGUAGAUGCAGAAUUGAUCUCGACAUUUGCUCGCGUUAUCCAGACCGUAGGCGCCGACCUAGUGCUGGUUUCCGACCAAGUUCGCCAGCACGUUAGUGGCUUCAGUGUUGACGUUAUCGUCGUCAAUGGCGAGUCCAUCCUGGAAAUGGCGACGCGAGCGGUCGACGUGACGCCUCCCCAGCCUGCGCCGUACGAGAUAGCGUGUAUUCUCCUCGGCCCCCCCGGGUCUCCCACGUCGUCGAGGGCCACGCCCUACGGCCACGCUACUCUCGCAGCCGCGUGUCUCGGGCAAGGCCCUGCGCUGCGGAUCAACCCGUCUAGUCGAGUCAUGCAGAUCUCGUCGUACAGCACCGACAUCGCGCUGGCCGAAGUGUUCACCACCUUGGUCCAGGGUGGCUGCGUCUGCGUCCCCUCCGCUGCCGAGAAGGUGGCGGGCUUCACCGAGGCCGCGAGGCGCAUGCGAGUCAACUGGACGUAUUUCACUCCUGCUCUGUCCCGGAAGAUCGACCCGGAGAGCCUGGAGGACCUCGCCGUCGUCUGCUUUCCUAUCCGUCAUCUCGACGGCGACGCUCACGCGCCGUGGAUCGGAAAGACGAAGGUGCUGCUCGUGUACGGCGUCGCCGAGGCAUGCCCGCUGGGGCUCUCCGCGACCGAAGCGACCGAUCCUCGGGUACCGCCGUGCUUUGGCCGCCCGUUCAGCGGAAACUUCAGGGUCGUGAGCCCCGAAGAUAACAGCCGGCUAGUGCCGGUCGGGGCGGUGGGCGAGCUCGUGAUCGGGGGUCCGAUGCUGGCGAGCGGGUUCGAUAUCAGCGACCCCGACGCCCAGGCCUGGGCUGGAAAGUGCUCGACCCGCAUCAGAACCCUGCUCGAGAAGUCGGGAAGCCGUCUGCUUAAGACAGGUCACUACAAGACGGGCCACUACGUCCGCUACCGCGAGGGGGGGCAGAUUGAGUUCAUCUGGGUCGCGGGUGAGGAGAUGGAAAUCGACGGCAAGACCUUUCGCCCGAAGGAUAUCGAGUUGAGGCUCCGAAGGUGUCUCGGCGGAGGUGUCGACGUCGCCGUAGAGACGAUCGCUUUCAAUGACCCUGGUUUGCCUUCCAUACUUGCCGCAUUCGUGGAGCUGGACGAGAGCGCGUUUCAGGGAAGCGAGGGGCUGUCGAAACUGAGCUCUAUCACUAGAGAAAGGCUGGGCCUCUACAAGAAGACGGCGGAUAUGACUCUUCGAGAGGCUCUGCCAAGUUAUAUGGUUCCCACAACAUACAUACCCGUCAAAGCCAUGCCAUUGACGCCGGAUUUUCAGAUUAACAGAGAAGAACUUCAACGUAUGAUUACCGGACUGCGACGGAGGCGACUGGUCGGGCUAACAGAGGCGAAUUCGCCGGUGGAGGAGAGAUCGCCGAUUUCCAAGCCUCUCCCGUCGCCCCGGGUCGAAGAGCAGAUGCGGGCUAUCUGGGCCGAGGUGCUCUAUAUUAAAGAAGAUGCUAUCGCGGCUGACGCCGGAUUUUUAAGCCUAGGCGGCGAUACCGUCUUGGCUCACGACCUCGUAUCUCAGUGUCGGCAGAAGGGGAUCAAUAUUUCGACCACUGACGUGCUUCGAGACGUCUCGUUCGCUAACCUCUGUAAGGGGGCAGUUUCGCUAGAGGCGGCGUCUCCCGUAAAGCCCCAGGAGACGAAAGCUACGCAACCAGAUUCUCCGGAUUCUUUUGCCAGCGACUCGGUAGUGUCACAACUCGGGUUCGACGAGGGAUUAAUCGAGGAUGUAGCCGAGGCAUCUUCUCUCCAAACGUCGUUUGUCGAGUCCGGGAUGCUGCGGUGCCACGGCAAUAUCAGCUACAUCACGAUCAACAUCAACGGCCCCCUUAAGUGGCACAACCUCGAGAACGCGUGCUUCCUGCUAGUGCAGGCCCAUCCAACAUUACGAACCGCAUUCAUAAGUCGCCGCCGUAAGCUCUACCAGACCGUUCUUCGGUCGUACCACCCCGAGGUUUCGAGAGAGCAGUGCCAAAGCUGGAGACUCUCUAGCCUGGCCUCGAAGUCCAUCAAGAAAGACCAACAAGCACCAGUUGAUUUCCGGCGGCCCGUCACCAAAUUUUUCUACUUCGAUGCCGGGAAGAGCUCCAUACUCAUAAUGCGCCUAUCUAGAGCUCAGUACGAUGAUCUCUCGCUGCCAGUGCUUAUGCGGGACCUCGGCAAAUUAUAUCAACAAAAUACACUUACAAAUCGAUACCCCAGCUUCUGCGAGGUAGUCAAGACUACUCAGCAGCCUACAUAUUCCAACAGCGCCAGCGAAUACUGGCGCGGUCUCCUAGAGGGCGCGUCGAUGACACAAGUUGUCUCGCAGCCAUCGCCUGCAAGCAUAAACUCAAACUCUACAACUAUUCAGCUGCAGGUUUCCAUUCCCGCGUCGUCUCAGAACAUGGGCAUAUCGUUCGAGACGAUCCUCAAGGGCGCGUGGUCCAUCGUGCUGUCGAAUCUAUCCGGCAGCGACGACGUGGUCUUCGGGCAGCUCGUGGACGGGCGGCGGCACCGGAGCCUCGCGGGCGGGCACGCCAUCGCGGACGUCGUCGGCCCCAUGGGCAACAUCGUGCCGGUGCGGACGCGGCUGCCAGACGCGCCCGUCCUCCCGUACAAGUUCCUGCGCCGCGUGCAGAACCAGCGCGCCGCCGGCAUGCCCUACGAGACGAUGCAGACCGCGGACGUCGUCCGGCUGUGCACGGCGUGGCCGGCGUGGGCGCGCUUCAGCACGGUGGUCUGCCACCGGGACCGCGGCGCGGGCGCGGGCGACGUCGACGACUUCGCCAUCGGCGACGCGAGCUGCUCGCUGGGCUGCGUCGAGUCGGCGCACCACGCCGCAGACCUGUUCGUCGAGUCGGUCGCGCCGGCUGAGCGCAGUGGCGGCGGCGGCGGCGGCAGCGGCGACGUCGCCGACGUAUCCCUCUCGUUCUGCGCGGCGCGCGUCGACGCGGCCUUCGCCGACGCCGCGCUCGCGAUGCUGGGCGCGGUGAUCGCGCAGCUCGCGGCGGCGCUCGUCACGGCGCCGCUGCGCCUGCGCGGCCUCGGCGACAGCCGCGCGGCGCCGCGCAUCCCGCUGGCCGCGCCCGGCGGCGCGCAGAAGCGGCGCGGCAGCCGCGGCUCGGGCACGCCCUCGCCCGUCGACCCGCUCGACCCGGACCGCGCCCGCGCCGCGCACACGCUGGUCUCGGCCGCGUGGGACGCGGUGCUCGACGCGCGCGCGCUCGGCGUGCCCGACCUGCGCGCCGUCCCGUUCUGGGAGAUCUGGGGCGCGCUGGUGCCGGCGGCCGAGCUCGCGCGGUACUACAGCGAGAACAUGGCGGCGGCGGCGGCGGCGGCGGCGUCGCCGGGCGUCGGCGGCAGCGGCGAGCCGCACGCCUUCGCGGCCGAGGACAUCCUCACCCACCCCACCAUGAUGCAGCAGUACGAGCUCGUCGUCGCGAGGCAGCAGGAGGCCGAGCGCCGCGCCGCCGCCGCCCUCCCGCGCCCCGGGCUCGCCCUGCUCCACCGCCCGAGCCACGCGCCGGCGGGCUGGCCCGGCCGCGGCAUCCGGCGCGCCGCGGCGGUGGCGGGCGGGCCGCCGGCGCUCGCGCCCCCGCGCGCCCCCGCCCACCACGUCCGCUCCAGCAGCUACCCCGAGGAGCAGCGGCCGUUCGGCGGCGGCGGCGCGGUCCCACCCGCUGCCGCUGCUGCUGCUGCUGCGCUCCACCCGCCGCAGCACGACGACCACCGCCGGCCGCACCGCCAACACGGUCCCCCCCACCGAUACACCGCCAGCGCCAGCCUCUCGCCGGACCCGGCGGCGGCGGCGGCGGCGGGCAGCAGCCAGAGCGACGGCGACGCCGACGCCGGCAGAUUGCUCCCGCCCGGGCCCGAGGGCGCGAAGGCGAGGGCCCCUAGGACGAGGGCUUCGAUCUUCGGCGCGAGGAUGCUCGGGCUGUCGAGCUGAGCGCGCUACACGGCGAGCGCCCGCACUUUCCUUUUGUCUCGAGGGUAGAGGAUACGGGAGGGUGGGCGUAUUGAAUUGUGCGCGCCGGGCAUGGAGAGAGAGGGGGGAGCUUGCGCGCGCUUUGAUAUCACUGAGGGAUAUUUUGGGAGUCGGCGUUGGGGUGGCAGGGAAAAUGGGCUACCAGAACAACGGACUACUAGUAGUAGGUAGACACAGACCGGUAGGUGGGCGAGGAUGGAGGGCGGUUGUUUGAUACCUUAACGU